AUGAAAGACCGUCACUCCCGCCGCCGGCCGUUCGCCGCCUGGAUCAAGCGCGUCGCAAACCUCAAGGGCUCGUCCAACAGCGCGCCGCAAGCCUCCAAGGCCAAGAACAAGUCGCCCGCGAAGAACAACCCGUACCCCGAGUCGGGCCACCUGCAUCGCCCUGCGCCCGCCGCGAGCGCAAACGGCCACCUCUCCUUCUCCGAGCCCGUCUCGCGCCGCCAAAGCUAUGGCUCAGACGCCUCCGACGACGACCUCGACCAAGGCGGCCAGCCCGUGAAGUCCGCAGCCCCGACCCUAGCGACAAAUCCCGAGACAAUAUACUCAGACGCAGGGCAGUCCAAGGCUGAGACCAGCAACACCCGCGGCGGUGCGCUGAGCUCGCACGAUGGCGGGGCGAACAGCACCUUCUCCUCUCCCAACCACUCGGAGCGCUCCCUAACCACCACCCUCACCACAAUACAGUCGACGGCGCCCUCGGCCCUGCUCAAUGGCGCAUCCGCAGGCGCUGCACCGCAGACCACCCUGCACCCCCAGAGCGUGCAUUUCUCCCACCAGUACCCGGUUUCGCCUGCAUCCGCCGUGCCCGCGCAUCUGCAACCCAACCCGCACACCUACCAGGCGGCGACCGCCGGAAACACCUUAUCGGAUAACGCCUCGAUCAUGACCCUAGCCUCCUCAUCGAAACGCCGGCGCCGAAACUCCCUGGACACGAACGCUUCGGUCCGCGCCCUAGCGCCCUCGUCGGUCUGGGGUGGAAGCCGUGAGUCGCUACCGCUCUCGGUGCUCAGCGGCAACGUCGACGCCACAAGCACCACCGGCGGCAUCUACCAGAGCCAGAACCGGCCGGGGCUCGGCGGCGUGGCCAGCGCAGAGCGCGCCAGCGUGUACUCCUCGUCGGGCGCGGCGCCGCCGGCGCUGAGUUCGGAGCGGAACAGCUACUACGCGACCGGCAAGCAAGGGGGCGUGGAGACGGGCAGCGUGCGGAGCGGCCUGCACGGCCACCACGGCCGCGCAGAGAGCCUGGCCGGUAGCGUCAACACGGGCGUAGGCGGCCCGCCCGUCAGCCCGUUGACUAGCCCGGUGCAUCCCGCUUCCUCUGGGCCCGGCCGCAUGGGCAGCCGGCGGAGCAGCAACCGCAGGGAGGACGAUGACAUCGAAGACAUCGAGGAACACGAAGAGUUCCAGAAGUACGACGAUUACGAUCACGACGAGGGCGAUGCCGAUGCCUCUCUCAGCGGCGAGAGCGUCAAGGCGCCUACAAACGGCUUUUCCGUCAAAGAACAAGACGUCACUACGAACGGCAACUAA